UUGGACAUUUCAGUAUUAUUCAGUCAUACAUCAAUUCGGCAAUAGAAAACAAGUGCACAUCUUCAUUCGGCAACAUGCAUUUAUUGUUGAUAGCUGUGUUGGCCCUGUUUGCCGUUGCAUCGGGUGACCCAGCAAUUAUACUAAGUGGAGGUUUAAUAUCUUCACCCUUCACAUCAGCAGCUCUUGUCGCACAACCAGCUGCACCAGUAGUAGCCCCAGCAACUCAGGUUGCAUCCUUUUCCCCACUGACUUAUUCUGCCGUGGCCUCGGUAGCACCCGUUGCCCCGGCAGCUCAGGUUGCCCCCGUGGCCUAUUCAGAUUAUAAAUAUGCUUAUGGUUCUACUUACAGUUACCAAGACUACUACCCUGUUGUCAACUCAGCUUUUUCUCUACCUUACAGCCUACCUUACGCUUAUGCCGCAGACUGGUAUUAUCGUAAAUAAUUAUGGUAUAAAUAUUUUGGAUACAUUGAACAAACCUUUUCUCGUUUGAUUUGUAUAUCUUUUUAAAAAAAAAAGAUAA